AUGCCAAAAGAUAAGGAAAUUAAUGAGAACUCAAAUGAAGUACAAGAAAACAGAAUUACAGAACAUAAUAACGAAGAUACGGCUAAUGAAAGAAAAUCACAAAAUAAUGAGAUUCAUAUUGAUAUGACAAGAUUAGGGGAUGAUGCAAAGGGAACUGAAAAUGAAAGAAAAAAUCCGAGUAUUGUGGUGUACCAGUUCUAUGGAGCUCAAAAUCAGAACGACUGGGGGAUGUCAGGAGGCAACACUUUUGAUAAUGGCGCACCUCCGUUGGAAUAUGAUCCGAAGACUAGGAAUGAUUUCGUUCGUUUUGUGUUCAUUAUAGUUUUUAUAAUGUUAAUGUGCACAGCGUCAUUCACCGUCCUGGUAUUUAUCACGCCUGAUAUGAAAAUAUUUUUUCAAAGGAUUGGUUUAGUAAUUGGCAUACCAGCCAUGAUUUUAAUUAUUGGGCUGAGUUUCGUGAUGUCUUGUUCGGAGUGUGCCAGAAAAAUGCCUUGCAAUAUUGUGUGUCUUGUUUUAGCGGUUAUAGGAAUGUCCACAAUUGUUUCGUUCAUCACGGUUCAUUACAACACGGAGAUCUUGAUGUAUGCAAUGCUGGCGACCGCUGUCGUUGUGUUUGUCUGUAUAUUACUGGCCUGUUCCAAUUUUGACUUCACUAAAUGGUUCAUAUACGUAAUUGUCAUAUCAACGGCAUUCAGCGUAAUAGUGAUGAUUGUCGGUGUGACUACGUUAAUAACGAACACUCACAUGAAGUCGUUGGACCUCGGCCUUUUGAUUGUCGGCACAUUGAUUAAUGUUGUUAUAUUGGUAUUGGAGCUUCAGACCAUUCUAGGUGGUAGAUCUGUGGAACUCCACGAGGACGAUUACGCGAUGGGUGCAUUCCUACUCUACAUUUCCAUAGUUGAUAUAUUCCUCCAAUUCGUGCAGAUAUUGGGUAUUUUAGGGGAUACGUGA